AUGACGACAAACACCUCCCCUCACAUACCCUACAUAAAAGAAUGCCUCUCCCUAGCUGAAAAAUCCCCCCAAGACCCACCAACUUCCGAGUCGGCGCAGUUCUACUAUCCCGCAAAGACGACGACCCCACCUUCACAGACGACCGGAUCCUCUCGACGGGGCAAUACACAUGCAGAGCAAUGCUGCUUCGCCAACUAUGCCGCAGUGCACAAAGUCGCCGACGACAAAGUCGGCGAAGUCCUCCCCGUCGAGCCCGGCCGCAAGCUCGUCAUGUACGUGACUAUGGAGCCGUGCGGGAAGCGCCUGUCUGGGAAUGCACCGUGUGUGCAGCGUAUCACGCAGACGAGGGAAGGCGGGCGGGAGGGGGUCCAUAAGGUUUACUUUGGGGUUAAGGAGCCUGGCACGUUUGUUGGAGAGUCUGAGGGGUGUCAAAUGUUGACUCAAGCGGGCAUUGAGUGGGAGCAUGUUGGUGGGUUGGAGAAAGAGAUUUUAACUGUUGCUUUUGCGGGGCAUGACAAUGCACGGGAGGAGGUUAGGGCUGCAUUGGGGGAGAAGGAGACUAAUGUUGAUGAUAUUAGUGCUGAGGAGAGGAAAAGGCAGGAGGCGCUGCCGAGGAAUCCGCUGAAGAGGAUGAUGGAGGGGGAUAAGCAUAUCUAUCUAUAG